GAGAAUUUGACAAACUGUCAGAAAACUUACAAGUUGAUGAAAAUGGGAAUAUUGAUGUGCCUGAUGUGAUGGAAAGAGUAAAAGACACUACAGAGAAGGUUGACAUCAAGAACCUGAAUACUAUUCUAGAUGACAUGGGAAUCAAGCUUACCAAGAAGGAACUUGAAGAUCUGAUACAAAACCUACCAGUUAGUGAUGAUAAUAAAGUUGCUCUGAAAACUUUGGAGAAUGAACUGAAAGCUUUCACUGGAAAAAAGAUUGCUUCUAGUGACAUACAAAGUAUCCUAAAGAACAUGGGGAUUGAGCUUUCAGACAAGGAAUACAAGCAGAUGCUGAAAAUAUUACCUGUGGAUGAUGAUGGGAAAGUGUUUCAAAACAGGGUGCUAAAAGAUGUGAAGGAUAAUAAGAGAGGGAAGGUUAGUGUACAUAAUCUGGAUGGUACUUUAGAAAUGAUAAAUGUCAAACUUACAGAAAAGGAGCGUGAUCAGUUAAAGGACCUUCUGAGAGACGGCAAUGAAAAGGUUCAUCUGGAAAAAUUGAUGGAUAAAGUAGAAGCUGUUACAGGAAAAGAAAUCAAUGUCAAUGAUGUCAGAACAGUUUUAGGAGACAUGGGAAUAGAACUCACAGAAAAGGAAGUCUCAGAACUGGUGAAUAAUCUUCCAGUUGAUGAUGGAAAAAUAUAUCAGAAAAGGUUACUGGAUGGUCUGAAUUAUUUUGAUGGUGGGAAGGUUGAUUCCAGUGAAAUAUAUGCAAUUUUUAAAAACAUGGGCAUAAACCUCAGUGAAAGUGAACUUGAAGAUAUAAAGAAAAAUUUGCCAGUUGAUGCUGAUGGUAAGAUUGAUCUGAAAAGUCUGUUGGAAGAAAUGAGACCUUUUAUGGGACGUAAAAUUGAUUUAAAUAAAAUUGAUCGUUUUUUGGAAAACUUGGGGAUUGACCUCAAGCCUAAUGAAUACUUGGACUUUCUGAAGACAUUGCCAGUUGGUGAUGAUGAAAAAGUGUCUCAGCAAAGGUUGAUGAAGGGCAUCAUGUCUCUCCAGGAAGGUGAGGUUGAUAUCGAUAAACUCGAUACUCUUUUAGACAGCAUGGGAAUCACAUUCACAGAAAAAGAAUUCAUGGAUCUAACAGAAAAACUGACAGAAAAUGGUCAAACAAAAAUCAAACUAGGCAAAAUAAUGAAAGAAUUGAGUUCUGCUUGGGGUAAGUGCAAAAUUACUUAAUUCUUUUUGCUGUCUUACAUAUAUUUUCUACCAAACUUCCAUUUUCUUGUUAAUUUCACCAUUUUAAUCUAUCAUUAAUUAAACAUUUUCAUUGCCUUUUUUGGACCACCAGCAUUUUUGCAACAAACACAGAAUCUUCAAUUCACACUACAGGUAAAA